AACGCCGGCCGAGAAGCGCAGCGCCAUGGCGGAGAAGGGGAAAAAGGACGAGCUCACUUGGAUGCACGUAAUUGUUCGUGUCUUCCUAAACUCAACGACACAUCCUAUUGAAUAUGCAAAAGUUCUCAUCCAGCUUGGCCAUGAACCCCUGGAGCCAUACAAAUCGAGAACAGUGUUUGGCCGGGAAGCAUUAUACUAUCCCAGUGUUUUUGGAUACAUUGCACACAUCAAGAAGCGAGAUGGGUUCCUCGGCUGCUACAGAGGCUUGACCCCAAAGCUGGCCGCAAACAUUGUCAGCGGAGUGGCCUUCCAGAGAGUCACCGAGAAUAUCCAGUUUAGGGAGCUGGAUGGAGAAGUAAAUAUCGAAGAACUGAACAUGAAGCAGCGCACACAGAGGUUCCUCCAGAAUACUGCAAGGGAAUCAGCUGGCCGUGCUGCUGCCAUACUUGUGUCACAGCCUUUCCAUGUCAUUGCAGUGCGCAGCAUGGCAGAGUUUGUGGGCGAGGAUGGCCAAUAUGUAGGAGUGUUCACCUCAGUUGGCGUGAUCUACAGAGAGCAGGGCGUAAAGGGCUUUUUCUGUGGCUUGAUACCCCGCCUACUGUGUGACCUGGCCGCGCUCUGGCUAGGUAAAACACUCGCCCAUGUCAUCAACAACUACCUCGUGGAAGAUAAGGACCUCAAGCAGUAUGUGUCGGCGUCGAUGAACUUCCUUGCCUCCGCCCUCACCUAUCCUCUGCAGGUGGUGUCGAACUGCAUGGCUGUCACUGGCUCUGGGCUUGUAGCUGGCUCCCCCCCUAACAUGCCCAUAUACGAUGGCUGGAUUGACUGCUACCGCCACCUCAAACAGAUCCGAGGGUUGAAGCGCGGAUCGUCCAUGCUGUGGCGAGCCUACACUGGCCCCACCAUCAUGCUUGGUGGCAGCCCAGCCAUUGCCACAAGUAAUAUGUUUACUGCUCCAGCCUCUUCCUAGUUCAGUCGUGAAGUGAGAGAGAGAGAGAGAUAAAGAGAGAGGUUCAUGCAUAAAUAAAUAGGUGAAUAGAUAUAAAGGCCAGUUUCAACAACAGCGAAAAAUGAAUUGUAGGACCUGACUGCAGAGGUGGAAAAGGCUGUGGAAAUUUUAAUAUCAUUCCCCACCCCCCAAUUUGCCUCCCUAGACCGUACCCCUUGAUCAACAUCCCACUCCACCUCCUCCUAUGGGUUCUCUUGGUACAUUUGAUGACGAUUUGUCUACCUCUUAUGGCAGUUGGAUCCAGCAUGUGAAAGGCUACAGCUGAAAAAAAAAUUCACCAAAGUUAAGAAAAAUUACAUAAAACUAACCCUGAGAGAGAAUGCAUUCAAGUGAACGUUUAUAGUCAGCCUUCGUGCAGCCUGUUGUUAGCAUUCGUUCAUUUAGCAUUGGAUUUGGAUUCCAGUGAAUGGGGUUCAUAAUGUGUGGUGACUGAAACUCAUUUGCGUUCAUAUUAACCCUCACUCUUUAUGGGCUGCUUUCAUAUUAUCCCUCACUGUUUAUGGGUCGCUAUCCACUUGCUCCAGCAAAUGUGGUAAUCGUCUGCAUUAAGUCUGUCAUAGAGAGAAAACACUGGUAGGAGAUUUACUAAGCAUUCUUUUUUUUUCUUUUUUUUCUUUUUUUUUGUCAGGAUUAAAGUUAUGAUUAAUUCACUUUAGUUUCAGAAAGGUAAUGACUAAAUUGUGAGAAAACAUAUUAUUGUGUAUGAUGUAAUAAAUCUCAUUUCAUUUAUCAAAUUGAAUUGAUGUUCAGUGUAUGAAUUAAAAAAAUUGUUUUUUUCACGAGUAAUUUUCUCAUAUUCAGUAUUUUCCUUUCCUUAUUUUUGUAUAGUAUAUAACAGAUGUCACAUUUUUGGUACUUGUAUUUAGACAGUAUAUUGAGGCUGAUGGUGGUUUCAAUAGCAGUGAGCCUCAUUUUAAAAUCGCGAACAAACUCGUGUUUUUGUUCCAGGUAAUGUUAGUUGUCACCUUUCUUUCCUCUUAUUUAUUAGCCAUUGGAACACAGUACAGCAUCCUACCUUUAUUUCGGCACCACACUCAAUAGGCCUGUUGCAAGAAGCUCCCCUAGAACAUGUUGUUUGUAUGUAGAUGCCUCCAGUCAUGGGAGAAAAAAGGCAUUGGAAGAUGAAACAUGCCUUUAGAUAGAUGAAGUUAUAUGUAUUCAAUGCUUUGCCGGGACUCGAUAGGUGUAAAUAGUAGUUCUAUAUAUAGCCCCCCAAGUUGUGACCAGGCUAUAUGAAAUGUUACAGUGUUGUGGAUAUGCUGGUACUUUUUUUAUUGUUCUUUUUUCUUUCUUCUCUCUUUUAACCACAACCAAGUGACUUAUGGGAUGUAAUAAAAGGAACAGUUGAGAAAACAAGAGUUUGGAAUAUAAUGAUUGUAAUCAGGAAGGGUUUGAGUGUAGAUCACGUGUAUGACUUUAGCCCAGUCUGAUAUUCUGUUUAUAAUUGUUAUUUUGUCAUCUACUGUUGUAGAAGUAAAUAAAAGCAUUGAAUUAC